GCGCAAUCUCAGGGACUGUAGUCGCCGCAUCUGGGACCCGGUUGUUCCAACCAGCCUGCUGCAUUCCAGCAACCACAACUCCAUGGCGAGAUUCCUGAACCUUUGCGCUUGGCUGCUGGCGCUGGGCCCCGGGGUCCUGGCCACCGUGCAGACAGAGUGCAGCCAGGACUGCGCGAUAUGCAGCUACCGCCUGGUGCGCCCUGACGAGCUCAACUUUCUGGCUUGCACACUGGAGUGUGAAGGACAGCUGCCUUCUCUCAAAAUCUGGGAAACCUGCAGGGAUCUCCUGCAGAUGUCCAAGCAGGAGCUUCAAGAGGGUACCAACUUGCUCAGAGAGAGCGGCAAACAGGAUGAGAGCCACUUGCUCAGCAAGAAGUAUGGGGGAUUCAUGAAGAGGUAUGGAGGCUUCAUGAAGAAGAUGGAUGAGCUGUAUCCCGUGGAGCCAGAGGAAGAGGCCAAUGGAGGUGAGAUCCUCUCCAAAAGGUAUGGGGGCUUCAUGAAGAAGGAUGCAGAGGAGGGGGAUUCCCUGGCCAAUUCCUCAGAUCUACUGAAGGAGCUGCUGGGAACAGGUGACAACCGUGAGAGAGAGAGCCACCACCAGGAGGGCGGUGACAAUGAUGAGGAUGUCAGCAAGAGAUACGGGGGCUUCAUGCGAGGCCUUAAGAGAAGCCCCCAACUGGAAGAGGAAGCAAAAGAGCUGCAGAAGCGGUAUGGGGGCUUCAUGAGGAGGGUGGGCCGCCCAGAGUGGUGGAUGGACUACCAGAAAAGAUACGGAGGCUUCCUGAAGCGCUUUGCUGAUUCUCUGCCCUCUGACGAAGAAGGUGAAAGUUAUUCCAAAGAAGUUCCCGAGAUGGAAAAGAGAUAUGGAGGAUUUAUGCGAUUUUAGAACCCUUUCCUGUCGGUGACCCCAGACCCCAGACCCUGAUAAGCUUCCCUGUAUCCCAAAGUGAGCAACUGCCUCACCGAUCACGUUUUAUUGUCAUGUGUUGCUUGCACUGUAUAGUUGACUUUGUGAUCUGGAUGAUUAUAUGGCCUGAAAGCUAUCAUUUCAGGCUCUAUGUACUUUUGAAAGUCUAUAAGCUCAAUAUCAGUCUAUUGCAUCAAUCUUGUUUUCAUGCUAAAAUAUUUUUGUUAUCUCAUCCCUUAUUUUGAAAAGCAUCAAUAAAUGCUUCCUUAUAUAUAGAUACAAUAAACCCAUUUCCCCAACUGCAUAAGAGGUCUCCUUUCUCC